AUGAUUGACGAAACCACGCAUCUCUUGAGCCCGAAUAAUGAGCGCUCUCUAUGUUCAGAUAGGGAGGGCGCCGGCUCAGAAUUGGAAAAGGGAUAUUCGGGCUUUGAUUGGGCAUUUUUCCUCGUCGCUCUUUUAGGUAUAUUCAUCGCAUAUUGUGAUGAAUCCUUCGUCAUCGCUACACAUAAAGAGAUUGCGUACAGCUUUGGCCAAAUAUCUACCAGCUACUGGCUUGUAACAGGGUUCAAUCUAGGCUGGGCAAUUGCUUUACCAACGUACGGAAGACUCUACGAUACUUAUGGAGGGAAAAAUACGCUCCUUCCUGCGUAUAUCUUCGGCGCGGUAGGGGUUACCAUCACUGGCACAGCGAAGUCCAUGCAGUUCGCAAUAUUGGGAAGAUUCAUCGCGGGAAUUGGCAGUUCUGGCAUAACUGACCUAAUCACUGUCCUCAUAACCGAUAUGGCUCCGUUACGGCGAGUCGCUAUGCUGCGAAUGUAUAUCGGAGCCGCAUCUAUGUCUGGAAUCAGCGCAGGGGCACCACUUGGAGGGUUCAUUACCGGCCUAGUGGGAUGGAGAUGCGCCUUCACAGAAGAAUCAUUCUUAUACGAGAAAAAAUGGGAACUUAUGGCCGCAUUAGUUCUCUUCGGAGCCUUUUUUAUCCUUGACGAGGCAUUCUGGGCUGAAGAUCCCUGGAUUCCUCUGAAGCUGGCAGUGAAUAAUGGCGUUGGCAUCUCGUGGGCUGCACAAGUUUUGCUUCAAAUUGCGACAUUCAGUCUCAUCACCAACGUCGGCGAGUUUUUUGUUCGAAUUGAAUAUGUCUCAACUUCGACAGCUGGUGUCUACAUAGUACCAUUUUCUCUUGGCAUGAUUGCCGGUGGUAUACUUAGUGGACACCUUAUCAAAAGGAGUGGAAGGUACAAAUUUCUUUCUGUCUCAUGCUUGGGACUCUCUUUGACGGGCUUCCUUCUCAUCACGUUUCGAUGGCCAUGUGGGCCUAGCCAGUGGGAAGUAGUCUACACUUUUAUUUCAGCAGUCGGUCUAGGAGGAGUAUUCUCCACUCAGUUCGUCGGGCUUGCAGCAUCAGUACCCCAGGAAUCCUCGGCAACGGCCAUUACAGUUUAUUAUAUGUCGCAGCAACUGGGCAUGAUUGGAGGAACCACCUUAGGAGCAACCAUAUCCCAGGCUGUAUUUCGACGCGGCCUCUUACGUAAAUUUGGCGCGAGCGAAGAGGGUCUUGAGACCAUACGGAAAGUGCUAAGUGAUACUCGAUUUGCGCAGUCAUUGCCAGGCCAUGCUCAACAAAUUAUUUGGUCCACUUAUUUGGAGAGCUUCAGGAUAGUGCCAAUCAUUUCACUAUGCGCCGAGUUACUUGUCUUGCCUCUAAUUUCCUGCCUUAAGGAACACCCUCUUACCUAAAAUGAAUAGCUCUGGAGGAGAUAUUUUACGACUACAGAC